AUGGCAGGUACGACGGACGCGGAGACCCAGACGACCGGGGAGCCGCCCCCCGGACAGCCAGAGGAGCCCCCGGAGGCGGCGGGCGGGGACGUGUUCGAGGCGAUGCGCUCGCUGUGGCCCGAGGACGGCGCGCCGGGCCAGGGGGGGGACGCGGGGGGCCCCCUGACGCAGCUGGAGGUGGCCGCGGGGCUGUCCCGGCUGGAGCGCUGCGAUGAGGACGGCUGGGCGCUGGUGGCUGCCACGCUGCGGGACAAGGGCCUGACGGACGUCUCGUUCCUGGAGGGCUGCGGCCACCUGCGCCACGUCGACCUCUCCGGCAACGGGCUGACGGACCUGGGCGCGCUGCGGGGGCUGCCCUUCCUGGAGCGGCUGGACGCCUCCCGCAACGCCCUGCCCGAGCUGCUGGGGUUCCCGCCCCCGCGCUUCCUCACCACCGCGUGCUUCUCCCACAACCAGGUGCGCGUCAUCCCGGACCUGGAUGAGUUCUGGUCGCUGGUGCACCUGGACGUGUCCCACAACCUGGUGGAGCGCAUCUCGGGCCUGCAGCGCCUCAGGUAUCUCCGGUAUCUGGACCUGUCCCACAACCUCAUCGAGCGAUUUGAGAACCUCAGUCAGAUGCGCAUCAAGACCUUGCUGAUGGAGCACAACCAGAUCUCUGAGUUCGAGCAAGGAGAUGAAGUCGGCUUGAAGACGAUGCUGGACCUCAGGGCAGUAAGCUUCAACCACAACCAGCUGCAAUCCCUCGCCCUGUUCCAGGGAGCGUACACCCUGAAGGCGGUCGGGCUGGCGGGCAACUGCGUGAGGAGCCCCCGGGAGCUGGACCACCUGCGGGGCCUGGUGUCCCUGGAAGCGCUCGACCUGAGGGACAACCCCGUCGCGGGGGAGAGCGUCUACCGGCACCAGGUCCUCCACCUCCUCCCCUCGCUCGCCACCCUGGACGAUAUCCCCGUCCCGGUCGAGGACAAGGUGUUGGCGAGGGACGUGUUCCGGCCGUCGGAGCUGGAGCGCGCGGCCCGCCUGCGCGUGGCUCUCGCGGUGCGCCACCACCUGUGCCCGCCGGCCCUCGGGCCGGACACGCGCCCGGCCGACCGCGGGCCGCAGCCCCUCCUGGUGCUCGUGGGGCCCCUCGCGUCCAACAAGGGCUGCCUGGUGCGGGCGCUGGCCGCCUGCCUUCCGCUGGAGGUGCACCUCAGUCUCGACCACACAGCAAACCAUGUCGUCUAACAUUAAUUAUCAGCUCAAUAGUUUCUGCAAAAUAACUUCAUGUGCGCCAAUAAAACCUUACAACCAGUGUUCCUGAUUUUAGGCUACUGUUUCAAACAUAGGGUUGUGAGUGUUGCAUACCUGCCAGGAGUCAAAGAAUUUUGUUAAAAUAUUAUACGUGUCUAUAUAUAUAGGUAUAUACAUAUAUUCCGCAAAAACAGUACACCGCCAAUAAACACAGGAAUGGACUUCAAUACACUCCGUACAUCAAAAUGCAAAGCAAAACAUAACUGGAGGUGAAAUUCACUUCAGUCACCUCAAUUUUUUUGUUUAUCAAACUACA